AUGCAUCCCGUAUUCUGGAUACUGAUAAUGCCAGCCUACUUCAGAUAUGCAGAAUGCCUCAAAUGUUACAGUUGUGAUGGUCCUGCGGAUUGUGCUUAUCCACGAGAAGAAUUAUGCCCCCAAAAUAAUGAAUGUUUUACUGUUGCUCAAAACUAUGAUAUAAAAUUAAACGGUCUACGGAAAGGUUGUUCGCCGACAUGCGAUCGGGUAAAUAUUAAAGGAAAGUUAUGCAGAACUUGUAAAUUCGAAUUAUGUAACGGAAAAACAGGUUUGGGAAAAGCAUUCGAAAAACCUGCUGCUUUGCCGCCUCGAAGGCCUUUCGGUACGUGUUCUUAUGAUCAUAUUGGCGUAACAGAUAUCUGUUCCAGCCUUUCAUAUUUUCAUUAA